UAGAUUAGUGCCCUAAGGUAAGACUUUCAUCUCGCGAAAGUAUUUUUUGAACAUUGCACCAUGUCCAACUCACUGCCGUUUGGAAUGAACAGAAUAUUGGGAUGGCGAACCGAUGACAAUGACGUGACGGAAAUUCCGGACAACAUGACAUCAUCAACACGAGUACAAAUUACUUCUGUUGAAUCAGAACGACACUGCUCAGCAUCUACGUCACCUUGGUCCGGCGGAUCAUUUUCGUUCUCUCCGAUUCCGUCUCAGCGUUCAUCCAGCUGUUCGUCUCACCGCGGAGAAUAUGAUACGCACGACAAAAGGCCUGGAAGUGAAUAUUUGAAAUUAGGAUCGUCUCGAGAAGAAAUUGGCCGAGGCAGAAGUCAGAUAGAUGACGCAGUCGUUAAACCAACACCCAUCAGGAGGGAAUGCCUCGGGAAUGUCAAUUGUUCUACGGCAGAAUCGGACGUGCCGAUGAUCGGCGACGGCGCUCCGUUGCCCCUGGUACCUGACGCACAACAUCAGUCAGCCAUUGCUUUAGCACUUGCUGGGAUAUCAUCGGAUUCUGGUUACUUAUAUCCUGAUUUACUGCCAACGUACAGUCAAUAUCCAACAAAUGCAACAGCUUUGUUGGCUGUUGCUCAACAACAAUUGUUCAAUUCAUCAGCGUCCAAUGGAUUUUUACGGAAAUCUCCACAUGAUGCCAUACCACAAAUGAUCGAUCAACAACUUGGGCAACUGCAGCAAAAUCCAUUUCUUUAUCGUUUACCUAUGCUUUUGUCGAAUGUUCGUGAUUCCGGUGCUUUUACUUCACUGCCUGCUGGAUUACUGUCAAAUAUUGACCGACAAAAACAAUUACAAUGCGUAGACAUUACCCGCAGUAUGCCGUACAUGCUUGGUGGAAACCUCGUAAAGAAUGACUUGGCUCAUCCAUCCGCUUUAUCGCUGGGAACUUUGUCUAAAUCAAUAUACAAUUUAUUUCCUGGGAAGAUUGGUAUUUCAUCUGCAUCGCCAACAGGGGGUAUUGAAAAAGCAAAGCAGUUAAGCUCAAUAGAUUCAAUGUUUUCUUCAAUUAAUCCUCAUUUUGGAAGAAAACUAUCAGAUCCGUAUUCACCGUGGGGUAUCAUCGGCAAUAAAUCUCACGAUGUUGCCAGAUUCGUGGGUUCAGAUGAAAAUUCGGAAGAUUUGAAAAUAAAAAAGUGUCGGAGGAGUCGCACAGUAUUUACGGAGCUUCAGCUGAUGGGUUUAGAAAGAAAGUUCGAGCAUAAAAAAUAUCUUUCAACUCCAGAUCGCCUAGAGCUCGCCAAUAGUUUAGGAUUGUCUCAACUACAAGUUAAAACUUGGUAUCAGAACCGAAGAAUGAAGUGGAAAAAACAGAGUCAACUUAGCGGUAACUUGCAUGAGUCGCAACUGAAGCCUAAAGGACGACCCCGGAAGACUCCAGAUCCCAAUGAAAAAAGGAUUUUCAACAAUGAGACGCAGCAUCAGAUUUGUGGAGAUAUCAGAGAUUUAAAUAAAUCCCAUUCAGAGUAUAAUCCUGCUAUUAAAACGACGAGCUGGUCAGUUAAUAAGAUGAUGGAAGAAACAAAGUAUGGGACAAAAAACAAAAAAGAAAGAUCAUAUGCCUUCACCUCGAUAAAAGACCCAAAAACUGUGAAUCAAUUUGGAGUGUUUGAAAAACGUCAAUCUACAAUGACAGAAAAGGCCCAAUCGCCUGUUAAUACCACGAAAUCUUACAAAGAUGAAGCACCAAUGAACAAAUUAACCCACGAAAGGAUAACGAAUGAGCCGCUCGUAAAAAUAGCUGAAAUUAUUGGUGUAAAUUCUCGUACUCCGGAAGACACGCGCGAUUCAAGGCCACUUUCUUGACAUUUUAACAUUUGUGGCAGAAAUUAAACGAUUGAUAUUAAUUUUAUAAAAUAAAAAUCGUUAUUUCUGGAUAAAAUUUCGUGUUGAAAGUUUAUUGUACUAUACUGUGCUUCAUAUGUGGUAACAUAAUUUUUUGCUAGGCUUAACAAUGGAUGAAAAACCCAUAUUUUUGAGCAACUUUGAGAUGUGACAACCUUAUAAUCAUAGUUUUUAAUCGUGGAAUUGAUACUGCCCCGAUUUUUCAUCAAAUCUAUUCAAUAUAUGAGUUUAGGCGAAUUUUAUAUACAUAUGUAAUGUGAAUGUGCUAUUAGGUUAGACCUAUUUGCCUUUAUUUUACUCUCGGUCCUGCCUGCUACUCUAAGCUGUCGUUAGUGUUGAAUAAAGAAUGCUUCGGGGGAGGAUACGGAAAUAUAAUAGCAUCUUUGAAUAUUUGGCGAAUAUACAGUUUAUUUUACAUCUAUAUAUCUUAAUUCUCGGCCAGGUGACCGUCAUGAGCUCAAUAAAAUCGCUAGUUACCCUAUGAAUCACCCAGCGUUUUCCUUGUUUUGAGAAUUUGCAUUUUAGUGUGCCAAGUAAAAAUUUUCAUGACACUAAUAAAAAAUGAGUUGCAAAUUCAAAGGAAACAUGUGAUAUUUGCGUCACCUCAGGAAUAGUUCAAUUCUAAUAAAAGAGGUGAAAAUAACACCAUAUUGCCGUGU